UCCUCCAUGGCGUAGCGUAUUUUAUACAUAGUCGUUAUCUCUAACAGGAUUAUUGCAGAAAGAGGCACGGCUUCUGACGUAUCCUAGGAGCAGAUAUGUUUGGAUAUAUAUCAUAUGAAACACACGAAGUGGUUAAGAUAUGAUGAUUUAAAAUGUUGCACGUCAGACAGUAAUAGGCUACAAAAUUGUUUUGGAUGGGAAGAUCUCUGUGAUUCAUACCACAGGACACACACAGCUUUGGACAGUGGAUAGUGUUCAUGUGCAGAAACAUGGGUGUGAGAGGCUUACAGCACUUCAUGGAGAGUUGUUAUCCAGAGACCUGCAUUCGUGUCAACUUGAGAGAGAUGGCCAGGAAUCAUGUCAAAGUCCAUAACUGUAACACUGCAACAGUGGUUGUAGAUGGGAUGGCUUGUCUGAGGUAUUGGUAUAGCUGUCAGGCCUGGGUACAUGGAGGCCAGUGGCAAGAGUACAUGCACUUCUUAAGGGAAUUUGUGGAUGCAUUCAGUGCUGUGGCUAUCCGAUUAGUAUUUUUCUUUGACGGCACGGUAGAGGAAGAUAAACGUGCAGAAUGGGUGAAAAGGCGACUGAGGGUCAAUCAGGAUAUAGUGAGAGUGUUUAACUUCAUAAAAAGCUAUGGCAAACAACCAGAGAGAGAUAUGUUCCUGAUUCCCUCAGGACUUGCUACUUUCUCCCGUUUUGCCCUGAAGUCACUGGGACAGGAAACCUGGUGCUCUGUUCGGGAAGGUGACUAUGAAAUUGCUGACUAUGCCCGGCGUCACAGCUGUAUGGGAAUUCUUGGACAAGACUCAGACUUUGUUAUAUAUGACACUGUUCCAUACCUGUCAAUCAAUAAACUGAGAUUAGACAAUAUGACAACAGUAUUGUUCUCCAGAGAGAAGCUUUGCCAUAUUCUACAGCUUUAUAAAGGUGACCUGCCGCUCUUGGCAUGUCUGUUGGGAAAUGACGUUGUCUCAGAGCAACGGAUGCAGCGACUCCGCAAUACUAUGUUAACUUCCUACAGGAGAAAAUGCCAGCAAUCCCAAGGAGACAAGGUCCUUGCUGUGGCAGAUUUUGUCAGCAGUAAUCGACCUCCUGGAGAGGGUUUGCAGGGCAUUUCUUCGCUGCCAUUGUCCAUUGCUGAUAGAGAAGUCUUGGAAGGAGGAAUACGGUCAUAUCUCCUUCCGGGGCAAUCGUCCUCAUGGGUGAAUGGCAUUGCGUCGUCCUUUAACUCUGUACGUGCAGUGGAAAAAUGCACAGACGUUGAUAUACUGCAGGCAGCCAGAGAGAAGCAUAUACGGGCUGAGUGUUUUAUGACAUACAAUAUUCUACAUGAUGGAGUGGUUGAGUGCAGUAAUACACUUGAAGAUAUACAUGAAGAUGAAGUACCACCGCAGGCAGUUCUGUUUCAACCAGUCAGAGAGCAUGUCUACAGCUUGCUGUUGCAAGCACGGCCAGGCUGCUCUCUGCCGUUUCCAUCAGUGAAAGAAUGGUUUGUCACACCAGGGGACCCCCUUAAGGAACCCAAAAUUGUGACUCCAAAUCCCAUCAGUCAUCCAGAUGGGGCUCCAGACUUAAGGACUCUGUGGUUUGGGAAGGGCACUGAAGUGCUAAGAAUGCGUGUGUCCACAUUCAUGGCUGUCUUUGACCUACAGGAUCAUGCAGAAAAGCUUGAACAUCUGGACGGCCCCAUGGUUGCUGUGUUUUGCCUUGUUGCGUACAUUGCAACUCACACAAAACACCUUUCCUUGGAAGAUCUAGAUGCAUAUCUCAGCCAAGCUGUCUGCAUCAGAUUCAAGCCAUACCCAGAGCUGCUUCACACCUCAGUCCCAGUAGUGGACCCCAGGGCCGUCCAGCUUGGCUCUCUUUUUGUUCGAGGGCUUACCUACCUCAUUGCAGCCAACAGUGCCUGUGGCCUCCCUUUUAACAUGGAUGACCUGAUGCCUUGGAAAACCUUUGAUGGUUUGCUUUUCCACUCCAAGUACCUCCAGGCACACUCUGCCUGUACCACCGAGGAACUCCUCGAAGGCAACCCCUCCUGCUCUCAACUCUUCCUCUCCCUCAGAGAGCAGGUCCUGGGAGUCUGCAGGAGGUGUGGCGUCACCAUUCAGAGUCUCCCGCGGAGAGCACAUAUCGAGAGGCCCUCAAAUUUUGGUGAAUCCUGCAGGGAGAGAGGACCCCAAACUUACCAAGCCCGAGGGUCUAGGACUUCUCCACAUAGCAACAGACAGCAACAAAGAGGCCCUGACCACAGACCAAAAUCAAGACAUCCAAACAGAAGGAGAUAUCAUCAGACACCUCAUUGAAAAGUUAAGCAGAGGACUUGAGAGGAGAAGGAACUUUAAGGAAAAAACCCUAAGCUUUAUUUAAUGCAUGAGACUGCUGUAUGUCUGUCAAAAAAAGAGCGUAAUUUUGUUGUCAGCAGCACACUCCAACUUCAUCUCCAGAGAAGGAGAAAGCCCCUAACAUCAGGGCAUAGAAGCUGAGAGCAUUUGUGCUAAAACAGACUGGAAAGUCACAUUCUGGAAUAUGUUACGGCAAUCUGGAACCUACUGUCUCAAGACCUAUUAUCGCAGACACACCCUCUUUUUUAUUGUAU